AUGGUUAAGGGAGCCCCAGUCCACCAACAUGGAUUGAAGAUGAUAAGACUCAUUGAGCAGCUGGAAAGUCUUAACAGUCCACUGGACCGUAACUUGGCCACCGACAUCUUCGUUGCAUCCUUUUCGGAUUCCUUCUCCCAGUUUGUUAUGAACUACAACAUGGGGAAGAUGGAGCACACACGCUUAGUGCUGCUGAACAUGUGUGUGACUACUGAAAAGACCUUUAAGAGAGGAGGGAAUGGGACCAUUGCUGUUUUUGAGAAGGGUUCAACUUCUUCUGCUAAGCCCGGUAAUAAGGGUAAAGGCAAAUUUAAUGCCAACAAGAAGAAGAAGGAAUGGAACCCUAAACUCAAACCCAAGGGAGGCGUCAAGAAGAAAUAG